UCUUCUCGCGCACAUCCGUCCGUCCGUCCCGCCCUCGCUCAUCCCCCGUCCGCUCACAGACAGAUCAGCUCCGCUCUUCACCACCUCGGCACGCACCUCUUCCGACCGUCUCUCCCUCUCCGCCGCCGCGAUGGCGUCCGGCCCGUCCCUGCCCGUGAUCACGCUGGAUGUCAACUAUGCCGAGGACAAGGCGCACAUCGCAGACUUCCUCUCCUUCUGCAAGGGCACUGUGCCGCCGCUGCGCGCAUCGGGCAGCGUCGUGCGCGAGCCCGACUCGGACGACGAGGGCGACCAUGCCGAUGCCGACGGAGAGCUGGAGGAUGCGAUGGACGGCGUGCAGCUGGGCGCGCCGGGCAAGGGCGCCCGCGGCAGCGGCAGCAGCUACAAGUACAAGGAGCAGCUUCAACGGAUCUGCAACCGCGAGCAGGAUGCGUUGGUCAUCGAUCUCGCCGAUGUCGCGAAGCACCGCUUCACUUCGACGGGCGAGACGGGCCUCGAGCUUGUGCGCUCCAUCACCGGCAAUGCGCACCGCUACGUGCAGCUCUUCUCCGAGGUCGUCGACAGCGAGCUGAAGAAGCUGCAGCCGGCUCGCGGCAUCACGCACCGCGACGACGUCAUGGAUGUCAUCCAGGAGCAGCGUGUCGAGCGCAACGCCCGUGCAGAGCAGGGUCAGAGCGCGCCGCAGACGGAGGAGAGUGACGGCGCUGCGGCGGAGGCCAUUGGCGCAGAGGAUGCGCCUUUCCCACCGGCUCUUCUGCGGAGAUACAACUUGUAUUUCCGUCCGGCAACAACCAAGGGCACCAUGGCCGUGCGCGCCGUGCGUGGCGCCCACCUCGGGCAGCUCAUUACGGUGCGCGGCAUCGUGACGCGCGUCAGCGAGGUCAAGCCAUACCUCCUCGUCGAUGCGUACUCGUGCGAUGCUUGCGGCGCGGAGAUCUUCCAGGAGGUCAACGGCCGGCAGUACCUGCCGCUCAGCGUCUGCCUGUCGAAGCAGUGCUCGAUGAACCGCACCAAGGGCGUGCUGCACCAGCAGACGCGCGCGAGCAAGUUUACCAGCUUCCAGGAGGUCAAGGUGCAGGAGAUGGCCGACCAAGUGCCCGUCGGACACAUCCCACGCAGCAUGACCGUGCACCUCUAUGGCCCGCUCACGCGCUCGCUCAGCCCGGGCGACGUGGCGGACAUUGCCGGUGUCUUCCUGCCCACGCCGUACACCGGCUUCAAGGCCAUCCGCGCCGGUCUCCUCACCGACACGUACCUCGACGCGCAGCACGUCACGCAGCUCAAGAAGCAGUACGAGGCCAUGGAGAUGACGCCGCAGAUUGCCGCGCAGAUCGAGGCUCUGAAGGACGACCCGGCGCUGUACACGAAGCUGGCGGCGAGCAUCGCGCCCGAGAUCUACGGCCACGAAGACGUCAAGAAGUGCCUGCUGCUGCUCCUCGUCGGCGGCGUGACGAAGACGGUCGGCGACGGCAUGAAAAUCCGCGGCGACAUCAACGUGUGCCUCAUGGGCGAUCCCGGUGUGGCCAAGAGCCAGCUGCUGAAGUACAUCUCCAAGGUGGCGCCGCGCGGCGUGUAUACCACGGGACGCGGCAGCUCCGGCGUCGGCCUGACGGCUGCCGUGAUGCGCGACCCGGUGACGGAGGAGAUGAUGCUUGAGGGAGGCGCCCUCGUGCUCGCAGACAACGGUAUCGCCUGCAUCGACGAGUUCGACAAGAUGGACGAGUCGGAUCGGACCGCCAUUCACGAAGUCAUGGAGCAGCAGACCAUCAGCAUCAACAAGGCCGGCAUCUCGACGACGCUCAAUGCGCGCACGUCGAUCCUUGCCGCAGCCAAUCCGCUGUACGGCCGGUACAACCCGCGCAUCUCGCCGGUCGACAACAUCAAUCUGCCUGCGGCGUUGCUCAGUCGCUUCGACGUGCUCUUUCUCAUUCUCGACACGCCGAACCGCGACGACGACGAGCGCCUGGCGCAGCACGUCUCGUACGUGCACAUGCACAGCGCCCAUCCGCCGCUCGAGCACGAGCCGCUGGAUGCCAUUCUCAUGCGGCACUACAUCGCACUUGCGCGGCAGAAGCGGCCGACGGUGCCGCGUGCCGUGAGCGAGUACGUUGUGGGAGCGUACGUCAAGCUGCGCGCCCAGGGAGCCGAGGACGAGGCUCGGGAACAGUCGUACACCUACACCUCGGCGCGCACGCUGCUGGGUGUGCUGCGUCUCAGCCAGGCACUUGCGCGACUGCGCUUCGCCGACAGCGUCGAGAUCGCCGACGUCGACGAGGCGCUGCGGCUCAUGGACGUCAGCAAGGCCAGUCUGCAUGCCGACGGCCGGCGCAAGGCCGGCGACGAGCUCGGAGACAACAGCAACAUGAGCAAGAUCUACCGCAUCAUCCGCGAGAUGGCGCUGGCAGCCGGCGCCGCCGAGCGCGAUGCGGCUGCCGCCUCGCGGCGCGGCGGCAAUGCACGGCGGGCCACGACUGGCCGUCUCGGCCGUGGCCCCGACCGGCAGACCGGCGGCGAGGCCAUGGCACUGGACGAGGACGAUGCGGGCGAGAGCCAGAACCUGCCGGGCGAGCUGCUGCUGCGCGACGUGCGCGACCGCAUCAUCGCGAGCGGCUGGGUCGAGGACCAGCUGCAGGAGUGUCUCACGGAGUACAGCGACCUUGGCGUCAUCCAGGUCACCGGCUCGCGCCUCGUCUUCCUGUGAAUGUGUCACCCUCGCCGUCCCCUGCAUGCCCUCGCUUCUUCAUGUAUCACCAGCCUCGCAAUGCACUUCGUCUUCGC